UUCCCAGCGCAGAGAUAAGAACUCAGGCCCAGAGGCCACUUUCCACAACCAGUUACCGCCGAGGUAGUCCAGUUGCGUGGCCGCAUCCCCUCGGUCCUCCCUCACCACGGGCUCAGCGAGCACAAGGCGAAACCAUAAAAUAAACCUGGGGUGAGAGUCAACGUCCCAUUCGACCCACCCGAUCUUCCUUCGAUGUAGAUAAGGUCGGAAUCGCCUCCCCUCCACAAGAGGUAACCGAGACCACAAGGUAUUGUGACAAAAUUACGGGGCUGGAGAAGGCAGCGCGUGGAGGUGGAGCCCAGGGCUGACUCCACAAGUCGCAGACCCAGCUCAGGCUUCGGUGGAGGUGGCCGCAAGUCCGCGAUGAGAGCCCGACCUGCCGCGGGGCGCUCGCAGUCCCAGAAAUCCUGGAUUGAAGGUGUGUUCGACAAGAGAGAAUGUAACAAAAUCAUACCCAGCUCCAAAGACCCUCACAGAUGUACUGCAGGAUGCCAGGUCUGCCAGAAUUUAAUCAGGUGUUACUGUGGGCGAUUGAUUGGAGACCAUCUUGGGAUGGAUUAUAGCUGGACCAUGUCAGCUGCCAGUGGUGGUGAACAUGAACAAUGGUCUGUUGAAAAGCACACAACAAGAAGCCCUACAGAUACCUAUGGUACUAUUAAUUUCCAAGAUGGCAAGCACAUCCACCAUGCCAAGUAUAUUAGAACUUCUUAUGAUACAAAGAUGGAUCACCUGUUACAUUUGAUGUUGAAAGAGUGGAAGAUGGAAUUGCCAAAGCUGGUGAUCUCUGUCCACGGGGGCAUCCAGAACUUUAAGAUGCCCUCCAAACUCAAUGAGAUCUUCAGCCAGGGUCUGGUCAAAGCUGCGGAGACGACGGGAGCGUGGAUAAUAACUGAAGGCAUUAAUACCGGAGUGUCCAAACAUGUUGGGGAAGCCUUGAAAGCACAUUUCUCCCAGUGCUUGAGAAAAAUCUGGACAGUUGGAAUCCCUCCAUGGGGUGUCAUUGAGAACCAGAGGGAUCUUAUUGGAAAAGAUGUGGUGUGCCUGUACCAGACCCUGGGAAACCCCCUCAGCAAGCUCACCACACUCAACAGCAUGCAUUCCUACUUCAUCCUGUCCGAUGACGGGACUGUGGGCAAGUAUGGGAAUGAGAUGAAGCUAAGGAGGAACCUGGAAAAGUACCUCUCUCUGCAGAAAAUACACAGCGGCUCAAGACAAGGCGUGCCCAUGGUGGGGCUGGUGGUGGAAGGAGGUCCCAAUGUCAUCCUCUCGGUGUGGGAGACCGUGAAAGACAAACACCCAGUGGUGGUGUGUGAAGGCACUGGCAGGGCGGCCGACCUCCUGGCCUUCACCCACAAACACUUAGCAGAUGAAGGGACACUCCGUCCUCAGGUGAAGGAGGAGAUCAUCUGCAUGAUUCAGAACACCUUCAACUUCAGUCUUAAACAGACCAGGCACCUUUUUCAGAUUCUAAUGGAGUGCAUGGUACACAGGGAUUCUAUUAUCAUAUUUGAGGCUGAUUCUGAGGAGUUGCAAGAUCUCGACCUAGCAAUCCUAACAGCUCUGCUAAAAGGCACAAAUUUAUCAGCAUCUGAACAAUUAAAUCUGGCAAUGGCUUGGAAUAGAAUGGACAUUGCCAAGAAACAUAUCCUAAUACAUGGACAACAUUGGAAGCCUGGCUCACUGGAACAAGCAAUGUUAGAUGCUUUAGUGAUGGAUCGGGUGGAUUUUGUGAAGCUCUUAAUAGAGUAUGGAGUGAACCUCCAUCGCUUUCUUACCAUCCCUAGACUGGAAGAGCUCUAUAAUACAAAACAAGGACCUACUAAUAUGCUCUUGCAUCAUCUUGUCCGAGAUGUAAAACAGCAUACCCUUCUUUCAGGCUACAGAAUAACACUGAUUGACAUUGGAUUGGUAAUAGAGUACCUCAUUGGUGGAGCGUACCGCAGCAGCUACACUAGAAAAAAUUUCAGAGCCUUCUACAAUCUCUACAGAAAACACAAGAGAGUGACCAGCUUUGCUGAGAGCCUUUCCCAGCCCCCUGCUCCCGGGAGAUGUGCCUCAGGAAAUAGAAAGGAAUCUGCAGAAAGCACGCUGCAUUCCCAGUUCAUCAGAACCGCCCAGCCUUACAAACUCAAGGAAAAGCCUAUAGUCCUUCAUAAAUCAAGGAAGAAGUCAAAAGAACAAAAUAUAUCCGAUGACCCUGAGUCUACUGGCUUUAUUUACCCUUACAAUGACCUGCUGGUUUGGGCUGUGCUGAUGAAAAGGCAGAAGAUGGCCAUGUUCUUUUGGCAGCACGGAGUGGAGGCCAUGGUCAAGGCGGUGAUUGCUUAUAUACUCUACCGAGCCAUGGCCCGUGAGGCUAAGGAGAGCAACAUGGUGGAUGAUGCCUCGGAAGAGAUGAAAAAUUACUCAAAGCAGUUUGGCCAGCUUGCCUUGGACGUGCUGGAAAAGGCAUUCAAGCAGAAUGAGAGAAUGGCCAUGAAGCUGCUGACCUAUGAACUCAAGAACUGGAGCAAUUCUACUUGUUUGAAACUGGCCGUGUCCGGAGGGCUACGGCCCUUUGUUUCACAUACUUGCACCCAAAUGCUACUGACGGACAUGUGGAUGGGGCGCCUGAAAAUGAGGAAGAUCUCUUGGUUAAAGAUCAUCAUAAGUAUUCUUUUACCACCCACCAUUUUGACGUUGGAAUUUAAAAGCAAAGCGGAGAUGUCCCAUGUUCCCCAGUCCCAGGAUUUCCAGUUUACAUGGCAUAAUGGUGACCAGAACCCCAGCAGUACCGAGGAGAAUGCUUGUAUGAAAGACUGUGAUAUGGAGCGGGGCCCUGAUGAGAAGCUAGAUGAAAACCAUCACUUUGUUGUCAGGAGUGGUCCCCAGACCCUUCCCUUGACCAGGAAGGUCUAUGAGUUCUACAGCGCUCCAAUUGUCAAGUUUUGGUUUUAUACGAUGGCGUAUCUGGCGUUCCUCAUGCUGUUCACUUUCACUGUGUUGGUGGAGAUGCAGCCUCAGCCCAGUGUGCAGGAGUGGCUCGUUAUCAUUUACAUCUUCACCAACGCCAUUGAGAAAGUCAGGGAGGUCUGUAGUUCAGAACCUGAAAAGUUUACUCAAAAGGUAAAGGUAUGGAUUAGUGAGUACUGGAACCUCAUGGAAACUGUGGCUACUGGCCUGUUUUUGGUUGGUUUUGGCCUGCGGUGGGGUAACCCUCCUCUGCACACAGCGGGAAGGCUCAUCUACUGCAUUGACAUCAUAUUCUGGUUCUCACGACUCCUAGACUUCUUCGCUGUGAACCAACAUGCAGGUCCAUAUGUGACCAUGAUUGCAAAAAUGACAGCAAACAUGUUCUACAUUGUGAUCAUAAUGGCCAUAGUCCUGCUGAGCUUCGGAGUGGCACGCAAGGCCAUCCUUUCGCCCCAGGAGCCCCCGUCUUGGAGCCUCGCGCGGGACAUUGUGUUCGAGCCGUACUGGAUGAUGUACGGAGAAGUCUACGCGUCAGAAAUAGAUGUUUGUUCAAACAAGACGUCCUGCCCUCCUGGUUCUUUUCUUACUCCGUUUCUCCAAGCUGUCUACCUCUUUGUGCAAUAUAUCAUCAUGGUGAACCUGUUAAUUGCUUUCUUCAAUAAUGUUUAUGUAGAUAUGAAAUCCAUUUCAAAUAAACUGUGGAAGUACAAUCGCUAUCGCUACAUCAUGACCUACCACGAGAAGCCAUGGCUGCCCCCACCGUUCAUCCUGCUGAGCCAUGUUGGCCUCUUCCUUCGCCGCCUUUGCCAUCAUCAAGCUCCAAGUGACCAAGAAGAGGGUGAUGUUGGAUUAAAACUCUACCUGAGUAAGGAGGAUCUGAAAAAACUUCACGAUUUUGAAGAACAGUGUGUGGAAAAGUAUUUCCAUGAGAAGACGGAAGGUCUGAAUUGUAGUUGUGAGGAACGAAUCCGAGUGACAGCAGAAAGGGUUACGGAGAUGUACUUCCAACUGAAAGAAAUGAAUGAAAAGGUGUCUUUUAUAAAGGACUCCUUACUGUCUUUGGACAGCCAGGUGGGACACCUGCAGGACCUCUCUGCCCUGACAGUGGACACCCUAAAUGUCCUUUCUGCGGUUGACACUUUACAAGAGGAUGAAGCCCUCCUGGCCAACAGAAAGCUUCCUGCUUGCAGAAAACUUCCCCACAGCUGGAGCAAUGUCAUCUGUGCAGAGGUUCUGGGCAGCAUGGAGAUGUCUGGGGAGAAGAAAUACCAGUAUUACAGCAUGCCUCCUUCUUUGCUGAGGAGCCUGGCCAGAGGCCAGCAUCCCCCAAGAGUGCAGAGGGGACCCCUUGUUGAGACUGCAGACCGUCACAGAGAGACUUCAAAUAAAAGAAAUGACCAGGAAGAGCAAGAAACGGGAAAUAGUAUAGUUGCUUCUUGCCUUGACAGGCAAGCCCACCCAAAGCAUGGCCACUUUCUUCUGGUCCCUUCUCAUCUAAAGCAAGUUCCUUUUUCUGCAGAAACUGACUUGCUUCUGUCCAGAUCACCUGUGGAAGCGGGUACAGGUGUGCUGGCACCUGAACAGGUCACCCAGAAUGGAGUCCCUGUUCAUCUGACUUGGCAGACCCCAGUUGUCUCAGCCCAGAGCUCAGUGGCUGAACACAAGGAGCAUACGUACGAGCCAAUCGUUCAAAUACCAGCCAGACAAGGCAGGGGAGAGAAAGUUCUAACCACUUUGAAAAUGACCUUCCCUUCCCAAGCUGAGAGCGUGCAAACUGGAGGUGGAUAUGUGAACUGGGCAUUUUCGGAAGGUGAUGAAACUGGUGUGUUCAGCAUCAAUAAAAAACGGCAAACCUGGUUGGCCUCCACUUGUAACAGUAACUCUAACGAGAGUCGACAAUGCCAGAGGCAGAUCUGGGGCAGAUCCCUCCCUAAUACCUCAACAGGAUGGGCCCAGCCUAGUGAUUGCUCAGAGGUGGGGCCAAGACUCCAGCCAAACACAUCCCUUUGGAUCAAUCCUCUCCGCAGAGACAGGCCCCUCUUUCGGAGUCAGAGUUUGAGAACACACAAGGAGGAGAAACUGAAGGCCUGUAAGGUUACAAAUUGUUCAAGAUCUUCAGAGAUGGGACAGUCAGCCUGGAUCAAAGCAAAAAUGCUAACCAAGGAUAGGAGGUCGUCAAAGAAAAAGAAGAAAACACAGGGACUCCAGGUGCCCGUCAUAACAAUCGAUGCCUGUUUUCAAGGUGACCAAUCAAAUUCAGAGCCAGGAGAAAGUAACAUCUCCAAAGAAGAGGAGUGCAACAGGAACUGGCUGACAGUGUCCAAGUUUAGUCAGUUAAGUCUAGAAGCUAACAUAUACCAGAAAACGAAAACCAAAGGAAUGGAGCGGCAUGCUGCACAGGUCAGUGAUUAUGUAAAGCAGUCUCCGGAGGAUCUGAGUAAAAACUCUUUGUGGAAUUCCUGGAGCACCAACCUCAAUAGGAACUCCCUGUUGAGAAGUUCAAAUGGAGUUGGCAAAAUCUCAGCUUCCUUAAAAAGCCCUCAAGAGCCUCGCCAUCAUUAUUCAGCCAUUGAAAGGAACAACUUAAUGAGGCUUUCUCAGACCAUCCCAUUUACACCCAUCCAACUGUUUGCCGGGGAAGAAGUAACUGUCUACAGGCUGGAGGAGAGUUCCCCUUUGAAUCUCGAUAAAAGCAUGUCCUCCUGGUCCAAGCGCGGGAGGACUGCGAUGAUCCAGGUGUUGUCCCGAGAGGAGAUGGAUGGCGGCCUCCGCAAAGCCAUGAGAGUCAUCAGCACCUGGUCUGAGGAUGACGUUCUCAAGCCGGGGCAGGUUUUCAUUGUGAAGUCCUUCCUUCCUGAGGUUGUGCAGACAUGGCAAAAAAUCUUCCAGGAGAGCACUGUGCUGCAUCUCUGCCUCAGGGAAAUUCAACAACAAAGAGCUGCUCAAAAACUAAUCUAUACCUUCAACCAAGUGAAACCACAAACCAUUCCCUAUGCACCAAGGUUCUUGGAAGUUUUCUUAAUCUACUGCUAUUCCGCCAACCAAUGGUUCACCAUUGAGAAGUACAUGAUGGGGGAGUUCCAGAAGUACAACAACAACAACGGCGAUGAAAUUGCCCCCAGCAACACCUUGGAGGAGCUGAUGUUGGCUUUCUCUCACUGGACCUAUGAGUAUACUCGGGGAGAACUGCUGGUUUUAGAUUUGCAAGGUGUUGGAGAAAAUCUGACAGAUCCAUCUGUUAUAAAACCUGAAGACAAACAAUCCAGAGGAAUGGUGUUUGGACCAGCCAACUUAGGGGAAGAUGCAAUUAGAAACUUCAUUGCAAAACAUCGUUGCAACGCCUGCUGCCGGAAGCUCAAACUCCCGGAUCUAAAAAGGAACGACUAUUCCCCUGGAAGGAUAAAUCCCACCCUUGGACUUGAAAGCAAAGUAGAACCAGGUGAGGGGCCUCCAGCAAUGGAAAGGGGUGGUAAUCCUUCGGAAGACCUCACUCGAUUGUAAAAGGGGGAGAAGAAGAUGACGCCCCUGCCCUCCUUCCCGUGAACUGACUCUAUGGUAACAGAGGUUGAUUGACGUAACAUGUAACACUGAUUACGUCAGAGCUGUCAGACUGGCCUCGCCCUGAGGGACAUGCCUCCUGGGACAUGCUUCCUGAGCCUCAUGUCUCCUUUUGCCUAAAGACCUCAUUUGUGUGUGAAGAAUGGGUUCUCCUAGAUGUUGACCUGCGAGCAGGGUGCUACGUAUGUCAUCCUCAAGUUCCACGGGAAGACACCUGGAGGAGCCAGCUGGUCUCUGAGAUCCCUUGGAGCAGAAUGCUGGCAGUAAAGAGUCAGGGAGACAAAUAUAAUUUAUUUUCUCACUAUGCGUGCACACUGUAACCUACCACUGCUGUUCAUCACCUCACCCACAUAUUGUAUUUCUGUAGAUAGAUGUACAUAAAAAAGUUAUUGGACUUCCUCCCUUCUCCUCUCCCAGAGCGUGGGGCUUUGAACAACAACAAUAAGGAAGACCAUGGAGUGAGGGUGUAUUUGCACAGAUUGAAGCACAUGCCUGCACUGCCCAACCAGCGAAAAGUUAGUGUUCUGGUGAAGUCUUGAUGGGUGGAGGUAUUGUCAGGGAAUCACAUGAUGCCUGGGCAUUUCAGGUUUCUUUGAAAGAAGGGGAAAGGGAAAUAAACAAAUGCCCUUGCAUCAUUUUUCUUUUUUUAAGGGGAAUGGGAUAUGCAAAACUAGAUAUUAUUAAGAAAUGUUUUCCCUUCUCUUAAGCUCAGGGUUACUAUUAGUUAGAGAGUUGACUAAGCCAGCCUCUAAAAUACCACUCCCUUUUCUAAAGCUGUAUAUAUAAUAUUAAAGGUUAACUUACUCUCCGUUACGGGAAAAGAUGGGUUUCCUAUGGGGAAAGAUCCUAUGAGGAAAGACGGGUUUCUGAUGAAAAAUAUGCUUUGAGGUGUUUGCUUCACUCCAGUGUACAGUUCCAGUGGCUUAAUGAGUGCUGGGUGUAUUUUAAGGCUGACCUGAGAACAUGUAAUCAUUUCGGAGGCCUGAGGGAAGGGUCCUUGGAAGCUAUACCUUAUAGCACAUUUGGGGGAUCAGUGAUUUCCCUUCUGCACUGUCAGGGUUGCCCUACCUCAGAACAAGCAUGAGCCUUUCACACAAGGAGGAGACGACGGCUGGGACCCUCUCUCCUCUCCCCGCUGCGUGUCCUUUUCCUUUUUAUAGAGUGUUCCAACCAACCAGCCACAAACCUCAGUUUGAGAAAAGUCACCUUAAUCAUUAGGCCUUACAAUGGCCAGCUUGCUUUUUAGAUCCACACUCCUGCAUUCUUAGGUUAUCCUUCAGGGGAAACCUUGCCCUGGCAUAGGGGGAUUAUAGCCAAGGAUUUAGUUUGCCAAGGAUCAUGUCUGAUUCUUGUAAGUGUGAGUUGCACAAGGGCUAAUUUAUAUCCAUGUUAUUUUUAUCUUGGGGGUGGCGGGAGGCAGGAAAUUGGGUGAUUUCUUGAUUGGCAGUGGGGAUAACGUGUUAAUGCCCUUUUCAGGGCUUAACUGCUUUAUCCUAUUCUGCAAAUCAACAGGGAUCUAUUGGUACUCAGUUCAGUGCUGUGUUCAACUAUGGAAAGAGGCAGUUUGCCUGUCCAAGGGCCAGAGUAAAGGCAUUGAUUCAGUGGUCAGCUGUUUGUUACUUGGAAUGGAACUUGAAAACAAAUACAUUUUUAUUUCAAAUUUU